CGAGACGCUCGACCGAUAUAACAGUCGGACGGUCGACGGCUUCGCGUCACUUUGGAAUCGAAGUUUGAACGGGUCGUGGUCAUCCUCGUAGUGACAAUGAUCCGCAUCUCCGACUUCUCAUAUUCUUACACACAAAAAACUAUUUACGCCGGUGAAGGGAGCUAAGAUCGUACUAUUCGUACUCACAUCGUCCACACCGUCGCUGCCUCUAAGUCCGACCGCGAUAGCAAUCGAUAGUAUAUAGGUACAUACCUCCAAACAGACAUACCGGCAACGAUAGCGAAAUGCUAGCGUUCAAAGCCGUGGCACGUCUGCGUACGUUUUUCGCGGUUGCCGCGUUGAUCGUGGGCCGUUGCGCCGGCAGGCCAGCGUCUGUCGGAGCCGGAGUUCCGAACCACGGUGGCAGCGGUGACAACCAGAAGGAUCUGCUACCGCUCCAACACACCAUUAUCGAAGUGUCGCCGGGCGAUACGGCCGUGCUCCAGUGUCCCAGCAACGAUGAACACCACAGGUUCCAGUUCUGGUGGAUGAAACCCGACCAGAUCAUAGGGCCUGGCACAGCGCCCAACAGUGACAAGUUCAAAUACGAAGUCCUCACCGGCACUCUUUACAUCAAGCAAGUAACACCUCAAGAAAGCGGGAUCUACACGUGCGUGUGUAAACAUCUCGGAAACAUAUCGCUGUCGGCAAGGUCGGUACAGCUGGAAAUAAAAAAGGAAUGGAAAGACCUCUGGGAAAACGACUACACGGUCAACAGCAUACGAUUGGCGGCUGUCUUGAGCGUGUUGGUGUUGCUGGUGCUGUUGCUGUACUUGUUUUACCUAACGGCGUAUAAGAAUAGUAACAGAACGCUGCACUUCAGGGAAGAUUCAGACGAAGACGUGUCGAUGGACAGACAGAUGUACAGAAAAACUAACAUAAUGAAAGAAAACAUGUUUCAACACGGCAUAGACAACCCGACGCUGGAAAAAGAAGCGCCCCAAGUCAAAAAUAACGGAGAAACGAAGGCGUAUUCCUGUUGCGACGUGUUCGACAGCGACAAGUCGUUGGCCGAGUUUUCGUCGUUCAGCUUGAUCAUCAUACCGUACAGCCACUUGAAGAACAGUUUGUACCGGGUCAGCGACUCUUCGAUGACAAUUUGCACCUCGUUGCACUUCAUCAGGAACCCGUUGACCGAUCGUAGAGCUUUUUUCACGCUGUGUUCCGUCAGUCCCAGACAUUCGUACUUUUUCAGCGACAUUCCAGAUAUCUCCACCAGCUGGAACAGAAUCUGGAAAUAUGUUCAGCCAAUCAUACAUUCCAUGGUAUUAAUUGGAUUAGCUGUUCUUGUGGUAUUUGUAGUACUUCUGAUGUUUUAUGUAUCUUGGAUGAAAUUUGAAGACACCAAUGAUCAAAAUACACCUAUGGACUUUGUGCUUUUUGGUCCCCAGAAAUAUACAAAUUCAGAUAUUGCUGCUUAUCGUGCUCAUACAUUCGCUAUUGCUGCAAAAUCAAAUUAUAAAACAUACUGGACUGCUAAGGAUAAAAUUAUUCCUGGCAAACGAAUUGAUAAAACAUAUAAUUUGGCCUGUUAUUAUUCUAUACCAACUGAUGAUACAAAUAAAACUCUUAAUCCUGCUCAAAUUAACGCUACUUUAUGUACUCAUUUAAUUGUAGCGUUUGCACAAGUUCAAAAUAAUAGUGUUUACUUCAAGAGCUCAUUUGAUAUGCAGAUUUUAAGACAAGUAGUGAAGUUACGUAAAAAAAACCCAGAAUUAAAAGUAUUACUAUCUAUAAUGCAUUUCUCAAAUGGUUCACAUUCAAAUGAAGGUUUUCCUGGCGUUGUUACAAAUAAAGAUAACUUAGACAAAUUUGUCAAUAAUGUAGUAUCAGUUGUCAGAGAAUUUUACUUGGAUGGUAUUGAUAUAGACUGGGAAUUUCCAUCAUGGCCUUUAUUAAAUUUAGAAGAAAAAUAUGGAUUUGCUAAGUUACUAGAAACCUUGCGUUACAGUCUGCCUGACUCUCUUUUAACUGCAGCUGUUGCUGCUCCAUUAAAUAUAAUUGAUAAUUCUUAUGAGAUUUAUGCUUUAGCAAGUUUUGUUGACUUUAUAAAUGUUAUGACAUAUGAUUAUCAUUCAUACCAAUGGUAUUUCCCAUUAACUGGGCCAAAUUCACCUUUGUUUUCUUCGCGGAAUGAAUCUGGAUACUUUCAGGAUUUAAAUAUUAAUUCUUCUAUACAAUAUUGGAUCUCAAAGGGUAUGCCUAAAGAAAAGAUUUUGCUUGGCAUGCCUACAUAUGGACAUUCUUUUAAAUUAAUAAAUGAAGCCAAUAAUGGUUUUGGGUCACCAACUUCUGGUCCUGGUAUUGGCAAGGACGGUUUUGUAACUUUUUCAGAUACAUGCGAAUUCCAAUCACAUCAAAAUGCUUCCACUGUUUUUGACCAUGACACCCGUACGCCAUAUUCAUAUCAUAAAAAUGACUGGAUAUCUUUUGAUAAUGAAAAUAGUUUAGCCUACAAAGCAGAAUUUGCUGCAUCUUUAGGUUUAGGAGGUGCCAUGGUAUUUUCUUUAAACACUGAUGAUUAUAGUGGUUCAAGUUUAUGUUCGUCGUCAGUAUUUCCAUUAACUUCUAGAAUAAAAAUUGUAUUAAAUGAUGACUACUUAUAAAUAUUUAUGGAAUAUUUUAACUAAAUACUAAAUAGUCUAUAUUAUAUUAUAUGUACUUAAGACAGUGUAAUUUAUGUUUAUAAAAUUAUAGCUGCUAAGCACCUCCCUACCAAACUAUGUAUCAACAGAAAUAACUUAUAUUUUAUAUUGUCUAGAUUACCAUUAAAUUUGUACCAUAAUACUUAUUGACCUUUUAA